AUGACAAAUGGGCUUAUGGAACAGUGCCAGUUAUUGUGGGACCAAAGUAGUCUGGCGUUAAAAGGAGUACUGAAACAAACCUGGAAAACAGUUGGUGGUUCAAUGCUUCAACGCAAGGAAAAGGAAAUUGCUCCCUCAGUUGGAGAUGGAUUCUGCACUACACUUCAGACUCAGAAUGUUCAGAAAGAAGAAGAAAGAAGAGGUAUGACAGCAGGAUGGGGAAGUUGGAAAUUGCCUUUCAAUAUCUCCGCUGGAAAAUAG